AUGGCUGUCCUUAAAGUGACCUUCACCAAAUACAAACGGAACAAGCUGGCCCAGAUACUGUGGCUUCUUAACUGGUUGUCUGUGAUGACAGGAGUCAUACUUUUCAGUCUUGGUCUUCUCCUAAAAGUUGAGAUCAAGAAGCGAAUUGAGGUGUUGGCCAAGGGGGAAAUCAGUUCUGCCUCCAACAUGCUCAUGUCAGUGGGUCUCAUUGCCUGUGUCAUCAAUUUCCUUGGUGGCAAGAUCUGUUAUGACUGUUCUGAUGUGCACAGGUAUAGACGCUGGAGACUGGUCCUGCUGCCCUACAUUGCCUUUGCCUUCUGUUUCACGUUCUGCCUCCUCGUAAGUGCAUUUAUGUGCUACACCACGAGGAAGGAACUCGAGGAAUCUUUGUACCUGGGUCUAAGAGAAGCUGUCAGAUUCUACAAGGACACAGAUAUCCCAGGACGUUGCUUCCUGAAGAAGGCCAUCGAUGUGCUACAGAUUCAGUUUCAGUGCUGCGGCAACAGCAGUUUCAGGGACUGGUUUGAGAUCCAGUGGAUAUCGGCACGAUACCUGAACAUGGCAUCGAGGGAGGUUGUGGACCGCCUGAAGAACAACAUCGAUGGGAAGUUCUUGGUGGAUGGUGUUCCUUUUAGUUGCUGCAACCCCAACUCCCCACGACCUUGUAUCCAGCACCAGCUUACCAACAACACUGCCCAUUACAACUAUGAUUUUCUCACUGAGGAGCUGAAUGUCUGGAUGAGGGGCUGCCGUGAAGCCCUGUUAGAUUACUAUACCCACCUCAUGCGCUCCAUUGGAUUGGUGGUGCUUAUCAUCUGGUUAUUUGAGCUCUGUGUUCUCAUUGGUGUUCGAUACCUACAAACAGCACUGAAGAAUGUACCGCUGGAUGAACCUGAGUUGGAUUCCGAUGGGUGGCUCCUUGAAAACAGCUUUGUAGAAACUGUCAAGUACAAUUUGAAUUUCAUCAAAAACCUCAGAAAAGCUGACCAAGUGUCUACUGUCUCUGAAUUGCCAAAUCUCAACAAGGACAUCUAA